AUGCCCGCGGUUAGAGCUCCCAGGUCACUGGGCGUCGUCUUCGUUCACGGUGGCUUCCACAAGUCUUCAUGUUUUGACUUAGCCAAGGCGCAGCUUGAGGCUGCUGGUUUCUCUCCCAUCAUCGGAGUUGACCUCCCUAGUGUUGGCAAUGAUCCUAAGGUCACACUGGACGACGAUGCGCGCAAGAUCCAGACCGAUCUCGACUCUUACCUUGACGAGGGCAAAGAGUUUCUCGCCCUUGCACACUCUUACGGCGGAACGCCACUGACCAUCGCGUCAAAGGGCUACUCGGUAGCCGAGAGAGCCGCACAAUCGAAGAAGGGUGGCAUCCGCGCGGUCGUCUACGUGACCGCCAACAUGCCUCCUAAGAAGGGAGCCAGCGCCCUUAGCGUUUUGCCUCCCGGACUGGACAUUGUCGAUGUCGCCGACGGCCUCGUCACGGCAAACUCCAAGGCUAAGGCAGCUUUCUACGGACCUGAUAUGCCCGACGAGCUUGCGGACAAGUGCAUGGCGGCUUUGUUGCCCCAGUCUCAGGAGGCGCUAUUCGGCGGCGCUUCCGUUGGCCUGGACGAGCUGACAGUUCCCGCGUACUACAUCUUUUGCGAAAAAGACCAGACAAUUCCUCCAACGACACAAGAGCAGAUCAUUGCCACCAUACCGACGCUCAAGAGGGUGCUUCGCAACCCCGGUGGCCACUCUGCCUUCAUCACCGAGGUCGACAAAUUCGUGGAGCAGGUCACUGAAAUUGCGGAUGAGGUUGAGAGAGAUGGGGGAGUCAAAGCGUAG